CCUCCUCCUCCCCCCUGGCAGAGCCGUGCCUGGCCGGCAUGGAGGGGGCCGGGGGUCUUCCUCCUCCUCCUCCUCUUCUCCUCCUUCCUGGGUCCAGCAGCUAGAAGAGAGAGAGGGAGACCCCAGACCCACCCGGCCAUGGCCCACCCACGCCUCCUCCCGGCGCUCCUCCUGGCCGCCUUCGCCUUCGCCGCCUCUUUCGGGUCCCUCCUCCCGGGAGAGGAUGGCGAUGCUGAGGAUGACGGGGAGGUGGUCUUCCCGGUGAAGGUGGACGCGGGCGGGCGCUUUGUCUCCUUCGACCUGACCCCCCGGCUGCUCUCCAAGCGGGAGGCCUCCUCCCCGCAGAGCCGCCCCUCGGCCUUCUACCGGCUCUCCCUGGGCGGGCAGACCCUGCGCUUCGCCCUCGGCCUCAAUGGACGCCUCUUGGCCCCGGGAUUCCUCAGCGAGAGGCGGCGCCGUGGGGGCCUCUCCCAGGCCAGGAUCCGGGCCCCCGGCCCCAACCCCUGCCACAUGACCGGGAAGGUGCGCGGCCAGGGCCGGGGAGGCGGGAUGGCCGCCCUCAGCACCUGCGGCGGAGUCAUGAAAGGCAUAUUCCGGCUGGGGAACGAAGACUUCUUCAUUGAGCCUCUGGCCGCAAGCAAACCAGGGGGGAACUCGGUCCGUCCGCACAGGAUAUACAGGCGCCAUGCUCCCGAGUUCGAGGCCGAAGAGCUCAUUUCGGUGGCCAGCCGGACGUCACCCGCUUUGGCCUGGAAGUGCGGGGCCCGAGAAAGCCUCCAGGAUUCGGAGAAGCGGAGAGAGAAGUGGGAGGAGAAGCAGCGGCGCAAGCGGCGGAUCAGGCCGCGCUCGGUCAGCAAGGAGAAAUGGGUGGAGACGCUGGUGGUGGCCGACACCAAGAUGGUGGAGUACCACGGCGCCGACCACGUCGAGAAAUACGUCCUGACCAUCAUGAACAUGGUGGCCGGUUUGUUCCACGACGCCAGCAUCGGGAACCCGAUCCACAUCUCCGUUGUGCGCCUGAUCUUUCUGGAAGAGGAGGAGGAGGACCUCAAAAUCACCCACCACGCAGACAACACCUUGAGAAGCUUCUGCAAGUGGCAAAAAGCCAUCAACGUCAAAGGGGACGCUCACCCGCUGCACCACGACGUGGCCAUCCUGCUAACCAGGAAGGAUCUCUGCACCGCCAUGAACCAGCCUUGUGAGACGCUGGGCCUGUCGCACGUCUCUGGCAUGUGCCAGCCGCACCGGAGCUGCAACAUCAACGAGGACACGGGGCUCCCGCUGGCCUUCACUGUGGCGCACGAACUGGGACACAGUUUUGGGAUUCAGCAUGACGGAAGCGGCAAUGACUGUGAGCCAGUGGGGAAAAGACCUUUCAUCAUGUCUCCACAGCUCCUGUACGACACCUCGCCCCUCACCUGGUCCCACUGCAGCCGCCAGUACAUCACCCGCUUCCUCGACCGGGGCUGGGGGCUCUGCCUGGAUGACCCUCCCGCCAAAGACGUCAUCGACUUCCCCUCCGUCCCGCCGGGGGUCCUUUACGACGUCGGCCACCAGUGCCGCCUCCAGUACGGCCCCUACUCCACUUACUGCGACGACAUGGACAGCGUCUGCAACACUCUCUGGUGCUCCGUGGGGAACACCUGCCACUCCAAGCUGGACGCCGCUGUCGAUGGCACCAAAUGCGACGAGAACAAGUGGUGCUUCGAUGGCGACUGUGUCCACGUGGGCUACCGGCCAGAGUCCACGCACGGAGGCUGGUCAGCCUGGGGCUCCUGGGCCAGCUGCUCACGGACCUGCGGAGCCGGAGUGCAGAGCGCGGAAAGGCAGUGCGACAGCCCCAUGCCAAAAUACGGCGGAAAGUAUUGCCUGGGAGAGCGGAAGCGUUUCCGGGUCUGCAGCACCCAGCUCUGCCCAGCGGAGAGGCCUUCUUUCCGGCAGAUUCAGUGCAGCCGCUUCGACGCCCGGCCCUACAAGGGGAAGUUCUACAAGUGGACUCCAGUUCCUCAUAACAGUAGCCCCUGCGAACUGCACUGCCGUCCGGAGAAAGAGUAUUUUGCCGAGAAGCUCCGGGACGCCGUCUUGGACGGAACCCCCUGCUAUGAAGGGACCACCAGCCGGGAUUUGUGCAUCAAUGGGAUCUGCAAGAAUGUGGGCUGUGACUAUGAAAUCGACUCCUACGCAGAAGAAGACCGGUGCGGCGUGUGCCGAGGAGACGGCUCCACCUGCCAGACGGUGACCAAGACCUUUGAGGAAUACGAGGGACUGGGCUACGUCGACGUGGGGCUGAUCCCGGCCGGAGCCCGGGUGAUCCAGAUCGAGGAAGUGGCCGAAGCGGAGAACUUUCUGGCUUUAAGGAGCGAGGAUCCGGAGAAGUAUUUCCUGAAUGGUGGCUGGACCAUCCAAUGGAACGGCGAGUACAAGGUGGCCGGGACCACCUUCACCUACGAACGGAUGGGGAACUGGGAGAACCUCACCUCCCCGGGACCCACACGAGAGCCCGUCUGGAUACAGCUCUUGUUCCAGGAGAAGAACCCGGGCGUCCGCUACCAGUACACCAUUCAGAGGGAAUCGGAGGCCGAGAACGAGAUCCUGCCGGCCGAGUUCUCCUGGAAAUACGGGCCCUGGACCAAAUGCACCGCCACCUGCGGCACAGGGGUCCAGAGGCAGAUGGUGCACUGCGUGGAGAAGGUGGCCGGAGCCGUGGAAGAGCGCUACUGCCAGGGGCUCGGCCGGCCGGACGACAAGCAGAGGAGUUGCAGCGAGGACCCCUGCCCGGCCAGGUGGUGGACGGGCGAAUGGCAGUCGUGUUCUGCCACUUGUGGGGACUCCGGCCUGGUCAAGAGGACGGUCCUCUGCAUCCAGAGUGUCACCUUGGACGAGCAGAAGGCCCUGCCGCCCAGCCACUGCCAGCACCUCUCCCGGCCGGACGCCACGGCCCCCUGCAACCGAGAGGUCUCCUGCCCGGCAAAGUGGGCCACUGGAAACUGGUCCGAGUGUUCGGUGACCUGCGGAAGUGGAGCCCAGAGGCGCCCCGUCUUCUGCCCCCGUGACGCCAGGGCCGGCUGCGACCCCUUGCAAAGGCCGGCCUCCGAAACGUCCUGCGUGAAGCCGCCGUGCCGAAAUAGUAAUAAUAAUAAUAAGGCGGAAAGCACCGUUCCAGACUGGUCCGGGAGCGGCUCCUCCAACGAGAUCAACUUCAUCCCCGAGGGCCCGAUGCACAGGUUCAGCCCUUCCUCGCCCAGGUCCGAAGACCUCAACGUCAUCACCGAGGAGGACUUUUCGUCUCCCGACGGCAGUCCAAAGGGGAACGUCUUUGUGGAUGACUUCUACUACGACUAUAAUUUCAUCAAUUUCCACGAAGACCUCUCUUAUGACUCAGCCGGGGAAGAUUACAGUAGGAAAACAGAGACCGUCCCAGACAUGGAGGUCAAGACAGUGAGCAAUGCAAAGGAGGAUUCUCCAGAAAUGGGGCCCACCCCCACUUAUUUCCCAACCAUGAAGCCAGAAGUUGGAAUGGGAAGCAGAAGCUCGCCAACAGAAGCUCCCGAGCAAAAGAACAAGCAAGAAGCUGUCACGGUUGAGGGGAGCAACAUCAAUGCUGACACCUCCACCAGACCCCCCAUUCCAGAGCAAAGAGAAGGCCCUCAUCCGCCCACAUCAACAACAAUAAGGAAUUUCCCUGCCAGAAACAGUGACCGUUCCUCCACCCAAGAGACCCCGGGAGACCUUUCCGAAGAGGACAAGAUGUCUCCAACCUCCCUUCCUUCCUUGGCUGAGAUGAAUCCCAGUUUGCCUUUGAGCAAAGAAUAUAAUAGCGAUGAAUCCAGGAUGACACAGCUUCCCGAAAGCAGGAUGGAAGAUCCCGGAAGCUCAGCGUUUCCCAAUGGCUUGUGGACGAUGACGGAGAGCGGCACCGGGGAGGCAAGCACUGCCGCCGAGGUUUCAACUGAACAUGGGGACAAUCCAGCCACUCCUCAGUUCAGUUCGGUCACAACCGGAGCUCCAAGGACGAGUCGGGGGUCUUCCCCGCUCUCCUCCCAGGCCGUGCAUUUUGCAGGAACGACCCCUGCCCUUUCCGACCAUCCCGGCCCACCUGGGACCCCGAGAGAGCCGCUUCCGUCCCACAGUCCAACUCUUACGCCAACGUCAGUGGCUCAGGGCUCUGCUUCGCCCGGCCCUCUGCUUUCCAGGCCAGCUGCACCGAGAUGGAAGGAACCCAGCGAGAUGCAGGCGGGCUUGGGAAACAAGAGCCUCGGCGGCAGGAACGAAAGCGCACCCAACGGGCUCGACUGGGCCUUCGCGGGUCUUGAGCCCAACCUCACGUCGGCAAAGCCAGUGGCGUCUUCGUCGGAACCGCCUUCUCUCGCGGCAGGUGCCUUCAACGCCAGCUGGGAAGCCGGGAACUGGAGCGAGUGCUCCACCACCUGCGGCCUGGGGGCCAUGUGGAGGACCGUGCGCUGCAGCGCCGGGAAAGAGGAGGACUGCAGCGCGGCCAGGAGGCCCGUUCCGGCCCGGAGGUGCUACCUGAGGCCCUGCUCCACCUGGAGAGUAGGAAACUGGAGCAAGUGCUCCAAGGCCUGCGGAGGCGGAGUGAAGGUCCGGGACGCCCAGUGCGUGGACACCCGGGACCAGCGGCCUCUGCGCCCCUUCCACUGCCAGGCCCUCCCCGCCAAGCCCCCCACGCGCAUGCCCUGCCACACGGACCCCUGCCUCGGAUGGUACACGUCCGCCUGGAGAGAGUGCUCUGAGCUGUGCGGAGGCGGAGAGCAGGAGCGCCUGGUCACCUGCCCCGAGUUCGGGAGGUGUGACGAAGCCCUCCGGCCCAACACCACCAGGCCGUGCCACGGCCAGCCCUGCGCCAGGUGGACAGUGGGGCCCUGGGGUCAGUGCUCGGUCUCGUGUGGCGGGGGCAUCCAGCGGAGGCAAGUGAAGUGCGUGAACACCAAGACGGGGGAGGCGGAAGAGGACCGGAGCCGCUGCGGCCACCAACAGUGGCCAGAGAACAUCCAGAAGUGCGGCCUACAGGACUGCGGCCUCAGCGAGCCGAGUGCCUCCUGCGAGCGUGACCGGCUCUCCUUGGGCUUCUGCCAGACCCUGCGUCUCCUGGGGAGGUGCCCCUUGCCCACCGUCCGCGCCCAGUGCUGCCAGUCCUGCCAACGGGCCACCAACCAAAGCCGCGGGGAGCAGCGCGCCUCCCGGAAGUGAAGAUACGAGACGCCUGAGGUCCAGGCCCCCCUCACCACUUUCCUUUUUUGCAGGCCCCACCUCCCCAUCCGGCCCUUGGCUCUCUCCUGGGCCACCUUGAAUGCCUUGAAUCCGGGGAACGAGGCUUUGGCCCCGAAACUGCCGCAAAAGGCUCUCUGGUGCUAUCCCGCAUUUGGCUCCAUUCAGGUCUCUCUCUUGGUGUUGGCGGGCCAGCACAAAACUCUUUGGACUGCUGUUGUUUUUGUUGUUUGUAAACGUUAUUUUUGGAAAUAUUUUAUACCACUGAACAUCUAGCAUUCCAAACGGUGUACGUUUCAUUGCAUGGGUCUUUUUUCGUUGUCAAACCACCUCAGAUGAAACCUCCCCACUCGAAAACUCCACUUGUCCGGUGGGCCUCCGGCGGUUGUCGAACUGCAACUCCCAUCAUCCCCUCCAUCCGUUAGCAUAGAGCCUUCCACCACGAUUCAGUGCUAUGGUUUCACAAGAAUUGUCGUUUUGUAAGGUCUUGAACUAACCAGUACCCACUAAUAGAAUACAGUAGAGUCCUGUUUAUCCAAGGUUCUGUAUUAUCCAACACACUUUGCCUUUUAGUAGUCAAUGUUUUUGUAGUCAAUUUUUCAAUAACUUGCGAAAUUUUGGUGCUAAAUUCAUAAACACAGUAAUUACAGUAGAGUCUCACUUAUCCAACAUUCGCUUAUCCAACAUUCUGGAUUAUCCAACGCAUUUUUGUAGUCAAUGUUUUCAAUACAUCAUGAUAUUUUGAUGCUAAAUUUGUAAAUACAGUAAUUACUACAUAGCAUUACUGCGUAUUGAACUACUUUUUCUGUCAAAUUUGUUAUAUUACAUGAUGUUUUGGUGCUUAAUUUGUAAAAUCAUAACCUAAUUUGAUAUUUAAUAGGCUUUUCCUUUAUCCCUCCUUAUUAUCCAACAUAUUCGCUUAUCCAACAUUCUGCCGGCCCAUUUAUGUUGGAUAAGUGAGACUCUACUGUAUUACAUAACGUUAUCAUGUACUGAACUGCUUUUUCUAUCCAUUUGUUGUAAAGCAUGAUGUUUUGGUGCUUAAUUUGUAAAUGUUUAAUAGGCUUUUCCUUAAUCCCUCCUUAUUAUCCAACAUUUUCGCUUAUCCAAUGUUCUGCCGGCCUGUUUAGCUUGGAUAAGUGAGACUCUACUGUAAUAACAAUGUAUUAGAUGUCAUUAAACAUUGUAUUAAGUACAAUAGAUUGUUACAAAUCACAAACUGUUGCAUUCACAGUGUGAUGACUAGUCGAAACCGGUUGUGGAUCAGGGGUCUACUCAUCUUUUAUGAAGAAUCAAGAAAAUAAACAAGAAAGUUUACUCCAUUGUGAAUGCAACUACCAUUCAUCAUACUGUGACGAUUUAUCUGACACUAGCUGUGCCCGGCCACGCGUUGCUGUGGCGAAGUAUGGUGGUAUGGGAAAUAAAGUAUUGAGGAAUUGGUGGUAGUUAAGGUAAAGGGUCCCUUGGGCUGAGUGGGUUGCUAGGAAACCAAGUGAGCGGAGCUUAGCCUUCUAACUGGCAGCAAUUGGAUAAAAACAAUUAUUCCUCUCCCUCUAAUUAGGACUAUUUUUCUUUUCUUUUUGUUGUAUCAACCUAGAGGCAUGGAUGAGGGGUUGUGCUGUCAAUUUUCAAGGUUGUGGGGUGUUUACUUUUGUUGUUUUGUCCGCUGCCGUGAUGCCAUCACUUUUUUAUAUAUAUAGAUUUAUAUGCAUUUAUUGUACAUAAUACAAUGUGUAAUGACAUCUAAUACAUUGUUAUUUUUCCAAUAGUGGGUACUUGUUAGUUCAAGCUCUUGGGAACCCAUUUUUUCUUAUAGUUUUGUAAGGUCUGCCAUGGUGCUAACUCCCAGAAUUUCAUAGUAUUGGGCCAUGGCAGCUAACGUGGUGCCAAACCGCAUUAAUUCCAUGUGGAUGCACCUAGAGAGAGCCUUUGCCUUGAGGAUGCAUUGCCUUGUCCCUUUAUUUAGCAUCUCUGUGCAAGGAUUGCAGCCAUGGCUUUGCUCCGCUAUAAAACAGGUUGAACAGAUCCGCUCGCCAGACCCGUUACAACUGGCCAGGACUGAUGGGAGUUGCAACCCAGCACCAUUCAUGGUUUUGGGUCUCAGAACCAAAUUCAUUCCUUUUAAUGGGACCUUUGAGGGUCUCUCCUCAACACCGUCCUUCAGCCAAACAAGAGGCCCAAGGUCUUCUCCUUUCCUCUCUUGACUCAGGAAAAACGUCUGCCUUUCCAUAUUAACACCACCAUUGAGCCGGAUUUCCUUUCUCUCCCUAAUAUACAUUGGUCUGGCUCUAUUUUGGGAAAUGAAGAUUGCAUACUUUGGGUUUGUUAUCACAUGUAUUCCUUCGCCGAGGCUCCAAAACAAGCCACGGAAUGCUCCAAAUGUCCCGGUUUCUGGGUUGCCUAUAAUUUCCAACGUCUGUUUGAUGUAUCAGAUAUGAAAUGUCUCCAGGCAAAGACAGAACGGGAACGCAAACGCCUCCCCUUUUGGCACCGAGUUACUUACAAGACUAUGGCUGUCAUUUUGGUUUCUAUUUUUUUUAAAUGACUAUAGCUCUCAAGUGUGUUAAAUUAAAUUCUUAUAACAAACAAA